AUGGGUUGGAUUUCUGGCAACAAGCUGGCCCCGGCCUCCACAAGCGUGGUCGAGAAGAUCGAAAUCCGCCCCGAUAGACCCGUGAGAUCUGCUCAGCCGCAAGACAUCCUUGAGCGAAAGUACGCCAUUGUGCCAGCACACUUGUCUGACAAUAAUUUGCCAUUUAUCCCGAAAGAGACUGUCGUCGGCAAGCAGCAACCGGGGCUGUUGGCAGAGGGCGAUCUCACGAGCGAUCCUCGGCGACACGACUGGUGGAUUGUCAUUGAUAAUGUUGUCUACGACUGCACAGACUUCGUCCUAGAGCAUCCGGGAGGCCAGCAAGUCAUCAUGAGUUUCGUUGGCCAAGAUUGCUCCUGGCAAUUUUGGCGCUUCCACCGUGAUUCCCAGAUACAGCGAUACGGCAAACAGCUGCGCAUCGGGCGCACAGAAGGCGUCGCGAAUCGCUUCAAAGAACCGAAACGAUUUGUCGGUCUAUCCAAACUUAGCGACGAUAGCUGGUAG